GACAUAAGAUAAUGCUUUGCGCCUGCGCGGGGUGCCCGCGGAAAUUCAAAAGCUCGAGCUCAGCUGACAGUCACAGACGUUUGAAAAGUCCACAAACUGACACGGUUAUUUUACUGAGGUGUUAAGAUGGAAAAUCAAAAGAGACCGAGAGAUCCACUGGAGGAAAACAUUUCAGCCUCUAAUGAACUUGAAAAUGUGUUGAAGAAAAGGCGGUUGGCAGCAGGGGGUGAGGAGAACCUGGACCCCAAGAAAUCCCCUGCCAGGACACGCUUGAGAUUGGCAGAGCUGGAGAUGAAACCAGACACUCCUGCCAUAUCCUCCAUCCGCUCCAGAGUCCAGCAACUCAGCCAGAGACGAGAUGUUGGGACUGGCUUAGUCCAGCGCUGCCUGUCUGACCCCGGGUCUGAGGGUUGUACCGGCAGCAUGUCCUCGCAGAUCUGUCGAAUAGGUGAGGGAGAGUUUAGCUCUCGCCUGCAGCGCUUCAAAGCUCCAACACCACUGAACAGCCCCAGUCUCUCCACCCCCUGCACACUCAAUCUCUCCAGCUUUGUGCAUGGCAUUCAAAAGCAGCUGAACACUGCAGUGACACCCAGCAGUAAAGAGGCCUCCCGUAUUCGCCAGGCACGUGAGAAUGAGUUGAGUCAGUUAAAGGUUCAGCCAGUGGCAGAAAACAUGUGGUUGAAGAGGAGUCUGUCUGACUCCUCCCUCACUGAGAGGGCAUCUCCAUCCACAUCCUCUCCCUGGGUUUACAGGAAAAAUCGAAAAACCCAGUGGCCUCCAUUACAGCCCUGGAGUGAUGAGCUAAAGGGAACUGAAUUCAGCUCCUGUGAGCUUGACAGUAAAGUAUUUGAUGGAAGCCUGAACACCACACCUCCAUGUUCUGUGGACAUCCAUUUCCCCAAUGAAGAACUUUAUACAUCUACAGAACCUGGGACUUUGAACACUUCAGCUCUGAUUGACAAGAUGUUUGAAGAUGUCCUGCAGCAUGCAGACAAGGAAGCUGAAAGUGAAGAUGGAAAUAAGGAAGAAGAGGUGGAGAAAGAUGAGACCAAUUCAUCAGAGACUGAAAAGGAAGACAAAACAGAAUCAGACACAGCUGAAAAGAAAGACAAACAGGAACCAGUCACAUUAAAUGAGGAUCUUCUUGACCAGAGUGAGAUGAGUGAAGAGAAUACUGAAGCCAAUUCUUCAACAGAUAAAGAGAAGGAGCUACAGUCAGUUGAUGACGGAGAAGUAGAAAUGAAGGAAGAAAAGGAGAGCGGCACCAUGGGUGAUGAAGACUUUCUAACCCUGCCGCCCAGCUGUAUUCUCUCUCCUCUCAGCAAAUCUGUGGAGGCUGUUGUCACACCACUGAAGAUUGAAAUCACUGUGUCUAAGCCAUCAGUACAACCACCCUCACCUGAAGAAAUGACAGCUAGUCCUGCUGACAGUGUUCCACCUUUAUACAGCAUUGACUCCUACCGCUCACAAAGGAAGAUCCACCCCCUUUCUACUCAGAGCUUGACCCCUGGAGUUCAGAAGCAGGUUCCAAAGAAUACUUGCUCAAAAAAGCCCAUCAACAUCAAGGAGAGAAUUAAGGCUUUAAACGAGGAGGCAGCCAAGUUGCAGACAAUCAUCACACAGACACUGCAGGCUCUGAGCUGUUGCAGUGAUGAGGAACAUGGAAAAGGUUCCCAGCAGGAGGCCGAGGCUGAGAAACUCCUGCUUGUCUCCAGUGAGAAGCGAGCAGCCUUACUGGCAGAGGUUAGCAGGCUGAGAGAGGGUGAGUCUGGUGAACCAGUCUCCCAGAAUGCACCUCCGCAGCCCUGCAGAGGCACAGUCAGCAUCAGCAGCAUCCAGCUGCCCCUCAAGGUGGAGUUUGUGUGCUCUGCUCGCACAGGGCAUCCGACGCACUACUUCUUCGUUUUGAUCCGUUAUGGCCCAUGUAAUAUUGUGGCAACGCCUUUGGCUACAGCUGCUGAUGCCCAAAAUGGAGACACCAUCACCUUCCCAACUUCUGUUACACUACAAGACAUUCGCUCAAGUUUUGAGAUUGAUGUUGAGGUCUACAGUUUGUCCAGUACUCGGAGUAAUACCUGCAGUAUGAAUGCUCAGCAGUUCCGCAGCUCAACAAAGUCAAGGGUGACACCCAAGAAGAUUCUCCACAGCAUCACAAAAUCUAACCAGAGUGUGACUUCUGCUACACUGCCUGGUCUGAGUGCCCAGCGCUCAAGUAACUUCACAUUAGUGGGGUCUCACAAGAUUACCCUGAAUUCAUUGGGACAGAGCAAGUUUCCUCUGGACAAGAUGAAAUUUGAAGGCAAAAUCAGGCGACUCCUCGGAGAUGAGUUUCAGGAAAAGGUUCCCUUCCUCUCUCCUCUAGAGGGCCACAUCUAUCUGCGGCUGCACAGUGAGGGCCACUCUAACGUCCAGCAUCAGGGCUUUUUGACCAUGUUUGAGGAUGUGAGUGGCUUUGGAUCUUGGCAGAGGUUCUACUUCCUUCUAGAAGGAGGACACCUGCUCUACUGGAACUACCCGAAUGAGAUGGGCAACAAGCCAGCAGAUGGCAGUCUCUCUAUCUUUGGCUUCUGCAGUGUCAGGCCUGUGGAGCGAGAGUGCUGUGCACGGCCUUACACCUUUGAAUUAGUAGAGACUAACACCCUCCAGCAAGAACACAGCCAGGCCUUGAAGAAGUGCUGGUUUUCAGCGGACACACGGGAGGAGAGGUCUGACUGGAUGGAGAAACUGAAUCAGACCUUACUGGACUCUGUAACGUGGAAUAGGAAACCAGUUUCUAACGAUAACAUGUCCAGCACGUCCUCUAACACCGGAAACUCUCGUGAGAGUAUCCUGUAACACAACACACACGUGAACCCUCACCAUGCAACACUAAGAAAGGAGAUCUCAGAGAACAUCAUAUAUGGCACUAAAAAAUACAUGAAGAGCUUCUGAGAAUAGAAGUUGCCAAACAGAAUGGUUUUGCAUAGUAGUGCAUCAAAAUCUACAUAAAUACAUACUACUUUGGAAGAAGCGUAUAUUAUAGUGGCUUAUUUGUUGAGAUUUCUGAUCUCUCAUUACCUCUUAUAGAUUGUGCUAUAUUUUAGAAUGGUUUACCACACUGUAAGGAUAGAUUGAUUCAUUUUCAGUCUCCAAGUCUCCAAAGUGCCUAUCUGAAUGUUUAUUUAUCUCCCGCCUUAUUCAGACAGUUGCUUAUGAUUGAAUGAUCAACUGAAAUGCUUUACAUUUUAAAUGCAAUAAUCUGUUUCAGAUUAUGCUUAUGUAUGAGAGUGUCCUUAAUUACAUGGUAUAGUUAAGUUUACUGCAUUAGUAGGGAAGCACUACUUGUCUGCCUUCGUCUAAAACUUUUUAUGUUUAUCGCUUUAUCAAUUACUCUGGGUUUAAUAUAUGUGACUGUAAAACUUUAUUAUUAUUAUUGGAACGUACAAUAUAUGAAGUAUGUCUCGAUUCAUACAUCUUAUUUUUCUCUGAGGACAUUUUCAUGUUCAUAGUAUGUCUCCUUUGCUUUUGAUUUUGAAAAACAUUGAUUGUUUACUACAUAGUACCUGGCCGUGCACUAUAUCCAGUGAGGUGUAUAUUAUAUUUUUAGGACACAGUCUGGACAACAUAAACUAAACGAUUGCGUUUAUACCUAAUCUGAUGGUCGUUUGGGGGUUCUUGGGUUAAAAUCUGGAAUAUGCAAGUAUACGAAUAACACUACAGAGCUGUCAGUCUGAAAAUGUCAUGUGAUAAUUCAUGCAGGGGAAUAGAGAGUGAUGUACAACCUUAUGACUACUUUGAGGUUUAUUUGAAGCUUUUUUGCAAAAGUGUUUACACCCUAGGGACUGAAACUGAUCGGAAACUUUUCUGUGUCAUGUCUAUCCCAUAUAUGUGUUUUUGCCAAAGGGUCUCAUACUAUCACUAUGUUUAACUAUAUAAAACCAUAUGAAAUAUACUGGUAAAGGUACUAUAAAAUAAAUAUGCCUGUUAAA